UUUUUUUUCUUUUUUUUUUUUUCUUUUUCUUUAUAUAUAUAUAUAUAGAUACUACAUCACUAUAUUCAACAUAUGAUACGACGUCCCAUUUUACAAUUCUGUUCUACGUCAAAAAGAUGUGGAAAUACGGUAACACAGUCUCGCUGGUUCAGUUCAUCUAUCAACCACCUACAACAACAGAUUCAUUCAACAGAAAAGACCACUUCUUACAAAUCACCUGAUCCAUUGCAGUUUCCUUGGCUAUUGAGUACAGCAUCCCCACGUAUCAAGGAUUAUCCAUAUAUCAAAGCACCUUCUGACUGGGGUUUUUUGAAUGUCCUUCCUAUUAAAUUACAACAUGCUUUAUGUCAAUGGCUCGGUUACCGAAUGUUACAACUCAAUAUGGGAGAUACUUACUUUCCUGAUCAAUUCUUACUGGGUGCUAGUCAUGGUACACGGAAAGCAUUGGACAGUAUAUCACAAUUUUUGACGGAACCUAGUGAUGAAUCGAUGAAACAUGUCAAUGAAUUAAUUUCACCAAGGUUACAGCAAGCAUUACUUGGACAAGCAGAAGGAUCAUUUGGCAUCUAUGACAAAAUCUCAAUCAGUUUACCACAGAUUUAUGAUGCACGUGUAGGGGAUAUUUGGGUGACAUUGGGCAACGUGGAAGCAUUGGAAAAGCCUCGACAGUACGAAGUGGUGCGAUGGAUGACAUUGAUGGUAGCCAUGAAACGAGCUGUGGUGGAUGAAGCCGAAGAACCAUUUGCGGAUUUUAGGAAACGUGUAGGGGCUGGGUUGAUGGAAGGAGCUCAUGUGGCAGUAGAUGUGGAAAUAGAUGCUGAUGUACGAUAUCAAGUAUUACGUCCCAAAUCGGCUGAUGAAGCGUCUUCUUUAUUGGAUCAUGAUGUGGUUUUGUUUGAUCAAGGCCGCCGGACUUUAUUGGUAAGAUUCGAAUCUCCUUAUUUUGUACCUGCCAAUGCUAUGGUUUCUGGACGCGAUGAAUAUACUGGAGAACCUCUCAAUGACUGGCACUGGCGUAUUAGUGAUAUUGAUCAUUUGGUGGAAAAACAAGACUUGGAUGCCAUGAUGGAUGAUGAUUAGAAUAGAUAGUAGAACAACUCGUUUUCUUUUUAUUGAUGAAAUAAUAAAUAUAUAUUUAUAUAUAUUGAUCAUAG